AAACAUAUCCGUGGUGAUACAUAUUAGGGCAAAACUCUGUUCAUUUUCACAUUCCAACCCUCUUGUUGCAGCAAAUUCCAGGAACACAAUGUUAUGCUGCAAACUGUUUGUUGUACCAUUCCAUUUUCGCAAUGCGUAUUCAACCCAUGCUUAUUCUCAGAACCUCUUUUCACACUUUGCCUCCACCAGACUUAACAUGUCUUCGGUCGACAUCACUCGCAUGUUUAAACGAGCCCCCUUUUUACAGAGGCUUCAAACCCUCGACAAGGUCGAACAAUUUGUUGAUAUGUUGAACAGACACGGCUGCUCUCAAGUCCAAAUUGCUAAGAUAAUGAUGACACGGCCGCUAAUGAUCAGCACAAGUGCAGAAAGAAUAUUAGAACCCAAAAUCAAACUGCUGGAAGAUUUCGGCUUUCAAGGUGAAACUUUGGCGAAGCUUUUGGCGAGCAAUCCAGGCAUCUUGGGCAUCAGCCUCGAGAACGACCUCGUUCCCAAGAUAAAGUUUCUUAAGAAUCUAUUUCAGUCCCAGGAGUUCUUCAUCAAAUCCCUGCUUAGAGCCCCCUCCAUUGUCAGUUAUAACCUGGAGAAGACCCUGAAGCCCUCGGUUGUUUUCUGGGAGAGAUGGGGUUUUCAGGGCACGGAGCUCUUCCGAGUAUUACGUCAUAGACCGGCCAUUCUGCAACGCUCUUCUCUAACGCCUGCCCAAGUUGAUCUCAUUCGGGAGAUUGGCGUCGACAAAGAAAGCAAGGCGUACAAAUAUAUUGUAAGCAUAGUGGCUACUCACCGCAUGGAAACGCUAAAGGCCAAGAUAGAGAAUCUCCAACUCUGCGGUCUCUCGGCUGAAGAAACCUGGCAACUAUGUCGGGCUGUACCUCAAGUGCUUUAUUACUCCAAGGUAAGAGUUCGUGAAACGAUGAACUUUGUAGUUAAAGACAUGGAGUUCCCUGCAAAUUGUAUAGUGAAGCACUACCACUUGUUGCAAUUAAAUUUGGAAAAGGUUAUGAGGCCCAGGUUUAUAGUUUGGCAGACGAUCAAAUCCAUGAAUGGUCCGAGUCUUUCUCUGUUGUCAGUAUUGACGAUGAGAGAGGAAAGGUUUGUUAGAAAUAUUAUCAGAGGACAUCCUGAAUCUACAACACUGUGGACAAUUUAUGAAAAUGCCAUCUCCAAGGCCUCCAACCACACAAAAAGCUCAAUACACUGUUAAUUUGUAUUUUUGGGAAUGAGGCAGUGAGAAUCGGGACACAAAGAACACAACAAACAUAUUAAUCCAGUCUUUACUCUUUAGCGGAAGGUAGGCAGGCCCCCCUCACCUCAUCGAGGUGUUGGCUGUGGGCAUUUUACAUUUCUGGAGCCACGAUAUUCAUCAACAGAAGCCACGCCCAUAAUCCCCUGCCAUGCAUUCUGUGUCUAAUUGUUCUUCAAGCAAGGUAUGCAUAGUACUUACUGACUUUUUAAGUGAGCCAAUUGCUUUCACUGCAGUCAUUCACUGUGAUGUAAUUGGUGACUAUAUGAUAGCUAGAAGUUUUGCUGCAUCUGAAAGGCAUUUCAGAAAAUCGCAAUAUCAUGUUUGGAAUGAGAGUUAUGCUAGAGGAAAGAAUGAACAAUUGAACAUAAUUUUCAGCAAAUAAAUUUUACAGCCUCCAAAUAUUUUGGGAAGCUGUAGCUUUCGGUUUGAUGUAA